AUGGUCAUGGUCUACGAUGAGUCGAAGGAAGGAGCCGAGGCAGAUCCACAGGGCAAGGGCCAAAGAGGCGGCUGCCAGCCCAAGGACGUCAUGAAGCAGCAAGCGAUGCAGCAGGUCGCGAUGUCUUCCGGUGGGAAGAGCCACAGCAAAGGUGGCGAUCAGCAGCCGCUGAUGGGUCAAAACAUGGGCGCCAAGGGCAAAGGGAAGGAGAAGGGCAAGGACAAAGGAAAGAGCAAAGGGAAAGACAAGCACGAGCUUACGGUUUGCAUCAGGGGCCUGUCCUACCACCUGGACGCGGAGACCGUCGAGAAGGACUUCGCCGAGUGCGGAGAGCUGGCCUCCUGCCGCUGUCUGAAGACCGAGGACGGGCAACUCAAGGGCAUCGCCUUCGUCGAGUUCAAAGACGAAGAGGCUGUGAAGAAGGCAUUGGAGUUCAAUAAGACCGAAUACAGUGGACGAGCCAUCUACGUCAGCAAAGCAUGCGACCGCGAAGGCAAAGGCAAGGGCAAAGAUAAAGGAAAGGGCAAAGGCGGCUGGCAGCCCACGGAUGUCAUGAAGCAGCGAGCGAUGCAGCAGAUCCCGAUCUCUUCCGGUGGGAAGAGCCACAGCAAAGGUGGCGAUCAGCAGCCGCUGAUGGGUCAAAACAUGCUCGCCAAGGGCAAAGGGAAGGAGAAGGGCAAGGACAAAGGAAAGAGCAAAGGGAAAGACAAGCACGAGCUUACGAUUUGCAUCAGGGGCCUGUCCUACCACCUGGACGCGGAGACCGUCGAGAAGGACUUCGCCGAGUGCGGAGAGCUGGCCUCCUGCCGCUGUCUGAAGACCGAGGCCGUUUUCGGGAUUUUGGGAUUUUGUGGUUUGGGAGCUGUCGUGCAGGACGGGCAACUCAAGGGCAUCGCCUUCGUCGAGUUCAAAGACGAAGAGGCUGUGAAGAAGGCAUUGGAGUUCAAUAAGACCGGAUACAGUGGACGAACCAUCUACGUCAGCAAAGCAUGCGACCGCGAAGGCGGCUGGCAGCCCACGGAUGUCAUGAAGCAGCGAGCGAUGCCGCGUGGCGAUCAGCAGCCGCUGAUGGGUCAAAACAUGCUCGCCAAGGGCAAAGGGAAGGAGAAGGGCAAGGACAAAGGAAAGAGCAAAGGGAAAGACAAGGGCAAAGGAAAGGGCAGCCAGAACGACGAGCUUACGGUUUGCAUCAGGGGCCUGUCCUACCACCUGGACGCGGAGACCGUCGAGAAGGACUUCGCCGAGUGCGGAGAGCUGGCCUCCUGCCGCUGUCUGAAGACCGAGGACGGGCAACUCAAGGGCAUCGCCUUCGUCGAGUUCAAAGACGAAGAGGCUGUGAAGAAGGCCUUGGAGUUCAAUAAGACCGAAUACAGUGGACGAACCAUCUACGUCAGCAAAGCAUGCGACCACGAAGGCAAAGGCAAGGGCAAAGAUAAAGGAAAGGGGAAAGGUAGGAGGAAGGCGACCGAACAAAGCAGCCGAGGAUGGAACCAUGGUCAAGUCCACAGGCACGAAGCAGACCUUCGACGACUCGGACGAUGA